GGCGCUGUUGGGUUGCGACUCACAACGGACGCCUCGAGGGCCUCCCCAUUCCGGACGCACCUCCGUCUCCGCAUCACUCCCGCACCGCUUGACGUGCUGCACUCGCGCAGGCCGCAGCAGUCAUGAAGGGCUUUAGGCAAAGGGUUCAUGAACAGCUCUCAAGAGCGAAGGACGGCAACAAGUCAUCUAAGAAGAAAGACUCGACCUCCGGCACCGCAUCGCCUUCGCAGGGCACCAGCUCCCCCGCUGGCUCGGCCAAUGCCACCCCAUCCUCGUCGCAAACACAGCUCGCAGACGCCCGCAAGAACGCGCCUUCAGCAGAUGGCCAGCCCAGCAGCGGCUCUCUGCAGCCUGGCCAACAGGGCGCUCCAGGCGCAGCAGGCGGCGCCAUGUUUGGUGGACCUGGAGGCAUGACAGGCGGAGCAGCUGCAGGCGCCGCUGGCGCUGGCACACCUCAUAGAAUGGGACAGCCCCUCGUGCCCAACGUCACUAUCAGCCCAAGUGCUCCUCAUGUCCCUCCCCCCGGUGCGGCUGAGACAAUGCCCGGUGACCUCGCUCCUCCCAAGGCUGGCCAGAAGUCGAACGUUUUCGAUCGCCUCCAAGCCACACCCAAAGACAACAUCGAAGGAAUCAGGACGCCAAAGCGACAACACUCGUCCAGAUUCGACAUCUCAGACCAGCGCCAGCGCGAACUGGAGAAGCUGCCAGGCUUCCAUGAAGUACCACCAAACAAAAGGGAGGAGCUUUUCGUGCAGAAGAUUGAUCAGUGCAACAUCAUCUUUGACUUCAACGAUGCUAGCGGAGACAUGAAGUCCAAGGAGAUCAAACGUUUGGCGCUGCACGAAUUGCUCGACUACGUCGCCAACAAUCGCCAGGUCAUCACAGAGAAGAUGUAUCCGCUCGUUGUGCAAAUGUUCGCUAAAAACCUGUUCCGUCCCAUCCCUCCCCCAAUGAACCCACAAGGGGAGGCAUUCGAUCCUGAGGAAGACGAGCCGGUGCUGGAAGUAGCAUGGCCACAUAUUCAAGUCGUCUACGAGUUCUUCCUCCGCUUCAUCGAGAGCCAAGACUUCAACACAAACAUUGCCAAAGCGUACAUAGACCACAGCUUUGUGCUCAACCUUCUCGAGCUGUUUGAUUCUGAAGACCCAAGAGAGCGCGACUUCUUGAAGACCACGCUCCACCGCAUAUACGGAAAGUUCCUGAACCUUCGCUCGUACAUCCGUCGCUCCAUCAACAACGUCUUCUUCCAAUUCAUCUACGAAACCGAGAGGUUCAACGGUAUUGCUGAGCUGCUCGAAAUCCUUGGGUCAAUCAUCAACGGUUUUGCUCUGCCGCUGAAGGAGGAGCACAAGCUUUUCCUCACCAGAGUGCUGAUCCCCCUGCACAAAGUCAAGAGCUUAAGCAUGUACCACCCACAGCUGGCGUACUGUAUUGUUCAAUUCUUGGAGAAGGACGCCGCUCUGACAGAAGAGGUCGUCUUGGGCCUCCUCCGCUACUGGCCAAAGGUGAACAGCACUAAAGAAGUCAUGUUCUUGAACGAAGUCGAAGACAUCUUCGAAGUCAUGGACCCGGCCGAGUUUGCGAAGGUGCAGGAACCGCUAUUCAAUCAACUGGCGAAGUCAGUGGCCAGCCCCCAUUUCCAGGUCGCUGAACGCGCGCUAUACUUCUGGAACAACGAAUACUUCUGUAACCUCGUCAGCGACAACGUUGAGGUCAUUCUGCCAAUCAUGUUUGCUCCAUUGUACGAAAACUCAAAGGGCCACUGGAACAGGACUAUCCAUGGUAUGGUGUACAACGCGAUGAAACUGUUCAUGGAAGUCAACCCUCAGCUAUUCGACGACUGCUCACACGACUAUGCCGAGUCUCAAAACAAUGCAGGUCAAAGAAAACAGAGCCGGCAAGACCGCUGGGACAAACUCGCCCAGCUCGCCGAAGCGCGUCAAAAUGGCACCGCACUGCCACACGAUUCGGAUCCACUCAGCCAGGGUCGAUUGGAAAACCUGCGGCUGCAGGAUGACGGAGCUGCGAGAGACAGGCGGCCGAAGGAGUACGAGCGACAGAGCAGCCAGACUUCGGUACGUUGAUUCUUAAGUCCUUAGAACUCAGGAUGAGCAUUUUCUACGGCCGAAUCGAUGUACUCUUAAUUCUAUCCCUAGAUUCCUAGGUCGUUUUCUUGUUCAAGACUUGCAUUUUCGGUUCAGGUCGAUCUGACUCGUUCGUGCUUGCUCGUUGCAGCGCCGGCAUCAUGUCGCUCAU